GUUGGCGUGUCGUGACAGCAACUAAUGGUCUAAAUGGUUGUUGAUAUGUCUACCUUCAAUGCUGGCAUGGGUUAGGUACCAUGUAGAAUGUAAUGUGAGACACAAUACUAUCAAGGUUCAUGUCAUAGUAUGUUUGGUUCUUGUGAUUCUGGACAGAAGAUGUCAUUCAGCCAUUGCGGAUUUUUAAAGAAGUGUUGCUACAACGAAAACAAACCCCAGGGCACACAAGCUCCUUUGACAAGCAGCGAGCAAUGCGGCCAUCGACUUGUGGCAUCAGAUGAUAGAAUUAUUGGAGGAAAAUCAGCGUUGAGUGGUGAAUAUCCAUGGCAGGUUUCACUGAGAUACCAAGGACAGCACUUGUGUGGUGGAACUCUUAUUGAUCGUCAGUGGGUUCUUACAGCAGCUCAUUGCUUUGAGCAGACGUAUGUCAAUGGUUGGACUGCUGCUAUUGGUAUUACAGAUCUGAGAAAUCUCUACAGCAGUCAUGUCUAUAGUGCAGCUGAUAUAAUAACCCACGGUUCAUUUGAUAGUACUUCAAAUUCUCAUGAUAUAGCUUUAAUGAAACUGUCUAAACCUGUAGAUAUAUCAGGAACGGCCUCUAGAACAGCAUGUCUUCCUGACUCGACGGAAGAUUUUAAUAACGUCGUCUGCACAGUAUCAGGCUGGGGAUCAACAAGAUUUGAUGGUCCAGGUAGUCGGUAUUUAAAUCAAGUAUCUAUACCUGUUAUGUCUAACAGUCUAUGUAGUUAUUAUCUAGGUAAUGUUGUAUAUGAUCAUAAUAUAUGUGCUGGUAUCAACGCUGGAGGACGGGACGCUUGUCAGGGUGAUUCAGGUGGACCUUUAGUAUGUAAAACAGAAGGAUCAUGGAAGAUAGCUGGUAUUGUAUCAUGGGGUUAUGGUUGUGGUGACAAAAACACCCCAGGUGUCUACACUCGAGUAUCGUCUUUCUUAGACUGGAUAAAACAAGUGAAACAAGGAUACCCAUAAUUCAUAAUACUUAUAUAAUAAAAUAUAUCUUAACAA